AGGAAAACAAAAAUCAUUACUUGUCCAAAUCCUCAAACACUUGCUUCAGCUGGAUCCACAGACAUCCCUAACAACUUAAUCUGGCUUUUUUUCAACUUUGAAAUCCUUGUACUCUAUCUUCCUGAAGACACAAUGGCAUCUUUCUUUUCUGAUUUUGGCCUUAUGUGGUACUUGGAAGAGUUAAACAAGAAAGAAUUCAUGAAGUUUAAGGAGUUCCUCAAACAGGAGAUUUUGCAACUAGGGCUGAAGCAGGUUUCCUGGACAGAAGUGAAGAAAGCAUCCCGGGAAGACCUUGCCAGCUUACUGUUGAAACAUUAUGAAGAAAAGCAAGCCUGGGAUAUGACCUUCAAUUUUUUCCAGAAGAUCAAUAGGAAGGAUCUCAUAAAGAGGGCAAAAAGAGAGAUUGACGGAUACCCAAAAUUAUACCGAGCUCAUCUGAAGACAAAGCUGACCCAUGACAGUUCCAGAAUAUUUAAUAUUAAUAUUCAGGAUUUUUUGAAGGAGAAAUUUACCAAGGAUGACCAUGAUCGUUUUGAGACCCUUCUUCAAUCAAAGGGAACUGAAUCGAAGCCACAGGUGGUGGUCCUGAGUGGUGUUGCUGGAAUUGGCAAGACACUGAUGUUGAAGAGGUUAAUGCUGGCCUGGAUAGAAGGCCUCGUGUUUCCAUACAAAUUCUCCUACAUCUUCUACUUCUGCUGUCAAGAAGUGAAGCAGUUGAAGACAGCUAGCCUGGCUGAACUGAUCUCCAGAGAAUGGCCUGACCCCUCAGCUCCCAUAGAGGAGAUUCUAUCUGAACCUGAAAAACUCUUAUUUAUCAUUGACAGCUUAGAAGGGAUCGAAUGUGAUUUGUUCAAAUGUGAUUCAGAGCUGUGUGAUAACUGCAUGGAGAAGCAGCCAGUGAAUAUACUGUUAAGCAGUUUGCUCAGAAAGAAGAUGCUCUUAGAAGCCUCUCUCCUCAUUUCCACUACCCCAGAAACUUUUGAAAAGAUGGAGGACAGGAUUGAGUACACACAUGUGAAAAUAAUAACAGGACUUAAUGAGAGCGAUAUUAAGAUGUGUUUCCACAGAUUAUUCCAAGAUAGGAACAGAGCCCAGGAAGCCUUCAGUCUGGUGAGAGAAAAUGAGCAGAUGUUGACUAUAUGUCAAGUCCCUGUGCUCUGCUGGAUGGUGGCUACUUGUCUAAAAACAGAAAUAGAGAAGGGAAGAAAUCUAGUCUCCACCUGCCGACGGACCACCUCUCUGUACACUACUUAUAUCUUCAAUUUGUUCAUUCCCCAAAGUGCCCAUUCUCCAAGUAAGAAAAGCCAAGACCAGCUGCAGGGCUUGUGUUCUCUAGCUGCAGAGGGCAUAUGGACUGACACAUUUGUUUUUACUGAGGAGGCUCUCAGGAGAAAUGGGAUCCUGGAUUCUGACAUCCCCACACUAUUGGACAUUGGCAUGCUUGGAAAGAUGGGAAAAUUUGAAAAUUGUUACAUUUUCCUCCACCCAUCUCUCCAGGAGGCCUGUGCUGCCAUCUUUUAUCUGCUAAAGAGCCAUGGAGACCACCCUAUCGAGGACGUAAAAAGUGUAGAGGCACUCUUGUUUACAUUUCUAAAGAAAGCCAAAGUACAGUGGAUUUUGGGGGGCCGUUUCAUCUUUGGCCUUUUACAUGAAUCAGAACAAAAAAAGCUAGAGGCAUUUUUUGGCCACCAGUUGUCCCAGGAAAUAAAACAUCAGCUGUAUCAGUGCCUGGAAACCAUAAGUGUCAAUGAAGAGCUUCAAGAACAGAUAGAUGGCAUGAAGUUGUUUUACUGUCUGUUUGAGAUGGAGGAUGAAGACUUUUUAAUGGAAGCAAUGAACUAUAUGGAACAGAUUAACUUUGUGGCUAAGGAUUAUUCUGAUGUUAUUGUUGCUGCCUACUGCUUAAAACACUGUUAUACACUGAAGAAACUAUCCUUUUCUACCCAAAAUAUUCUUAAUGAAGAACACGAACACAGCUGUAUGGAAAAUCUUCUAACCUGUUGGCGUCAUAUUUGCUCUGUGCUCAUAAACAGUAAGGACAUCCAGGAACUCCAAAUAAAAGACACUAAUCUCAAUGAACCAGCAUUCUCAGUCUUGUAUAAUAGUUUGAAGUACUGCAAUGACACCCUUAAAGUACUUGUGGAAAAUAAUGUGUUCUUCUUAUGUGAAAAGUACCUGUUCUUUGAGUUGAUUCAGAAUUGCAAUUUACAGCACUUGAACCUCAACCUCACAUUCCUCUCCCACAGUGAUGUGAAACUGUUGUGUGAUGUCUUGAACCAGGCAGAAUGCAACAUAGAAAAACUGGAGGUAGCAGCCUGUAACCUUUCACCUGAUGACUGCAAGAUGUUUGCCUCUAUCCUGAUGAGCAGCAAGACUUUAAAGCAACUUAAUUUGUCAUCCAAUAUCUUAGGAAAAGGGAUAUCCUCACUGUGCAAAUCUUUGUGCCACCCAGACUGCAUUCUGGAGCACUUAGUUUUGGCCAAGUGUUCCCUCAGUGACCAAUGUUGGGACUACCUUUCUGAUGGUAUUAGGCAGAACAAAACUCUGAACCAUCUUGAUAUCAGCUCCAAUGAUCUGAAGGAUGAAGGACUGAAGGUUCUCUGUAGGGCUCUGGCUCUCCCAAACAGUGUCCUCAAGUCACUAUGUUUGAGACAUUGUCUCAUCACCACUAGUGGCUGCCAGGACCUGGCUGAAGUCUUAAGGAACAACCAGAACCUGACCAGUCUACAAAUUUCAUACAAUAAGAUAGAAGAUGCUGGUGUGAAGCUGCUGUGUGAUGCUAUAAAACAACCCAACUGCCACUUAGAGGAUCUUGGGUUGGAAGCCUGUGAGCUAACUGGUGCCUGUUGUGAGGACCUUGCUUCUACAUUUACCCAGUGUAGGACUCUGUGGGGGAUCAACCUGCUAAAUAACACCUUGGACUACACUGGCUUGGUUGUCCUGUGUGAGGCUUUGAGACAGCAAAAGUGUACCCCGCAUGUACUUGGAUUGCGAAUUACUGAUUUUGAUAAUGAAACCCAGGCAUUUCUGGUUGCUGAGCAAGAGAAAAAUCCUGACUUGAGCAUCCUAAGUGGCGUGUGAGCAGAAGCAGAAAACAAGGAUGGAAAUUCUGAUGCAAGAACCAGGGGUAUACUCUGAACUCAAACUACCUCCAUAAAAAGAAAGUAGGAUCAUUAUUUUGGCCCAUUGAAUACAAUGUUAUAGAUCAAUAAUGUUCUAAUAAAAUAUGAUUUCUUUGUAUCCCUUUUGGAUAUGUUUUGCAAGACAGAUGUGGUUUUUUUAUUUGUACUACAUAUUCAAACAUACUAUAAUUACAUUUUAUUUUCCAUACUGGUAUCUUGAGCACCCAAUAAAGUGUUAAGUAUCUUUAAGUAGUGACUUGGAAAUCUCUUAAAAUGAUAUUUGCCUGUUAGUAGAUUACUGGAGCCAUAGAGUAAGUCUAAGCAGUAAUGGUACCCUAAAAGGUUGUUGGGGAAGUUUUAAUUGGCUCUGCAUGAGAAACCUUUAGCAGAGUGUCUAGACUGGACACUCAGAAUAUGGAAACUGUUGCUGUUUUGCGCUUUUUUCAUUAAAUAAUAAUUUAUGCA